GUCGGCUUCUAUUAUAUUCAUGUCUUCUACUUUAUCAAUUUUUUAUGUUUUCAAGUAUUAUAUAAGUCCCUAACCACAUAAACUUCUCUUACUACUUCCUCCAGUUUCAAUUCAUCUAAAAAGAUAAAAAGGGUCAGAAAAAACAAGAUGAUGAGGUUGAAAUCAAAGAGGUUUUGUAGAAGCCUAUCAAAGCUUGGAAAUAUUGGAAACAAAGUAGUAGCACCAUCUCCAAUUGAAAUUGAAAAGGAGUGUAGUGAAAUCAAAUGGGAACUUAGACCUGGUGGCAUGCUUGUACAAAAUAGAGAGAGCAAUAAAAGUGAUGAAGAAAUGAUCACAAUUAGAGUUUCAACAAUGUCAAAGUGGCAUGACAUUUCCAUUGAAGCCACUUCAACUUUUGGUGAUUUGAAGUUGGCUUUGUCAUUGGUAACAAGUUUGGAGCCAAGAGAACAAAGGCUUAUCUACAGAGGUAAAGAGAGAGAUGACAAUGAAUUUCUUCACAUGAUUGGUGUUAGGGACAAAGAUAAAGUUCUUCUUCUUGAAGAUCCGGCUAUUAAGGAAAUGAAGCUAUUUGGUUUGACAAGAAGAGAAUCAAUUGACAAUCCUUGUUGUGCAAUUAGUGUGUAAUAUAAAUCAUCUGAUUUUGACUGAACUGUCGUUGAUGUCUCAAAUGUGUGAAUGUAAAAUCUCCUAACUGUGUGAAUUUGAACUCAAAAUAUUCGGAAGCUAAUUUCUAAAACUCAUAAUUAAUUAGUACUAAUAAAAAAAAGAGUAAAGUAAUGAGUACUAAUAAGAAAAAGAGUGAAGUUAAGUUUAAUGUAAUGAUUGGUCUUUCUUCACUUUUUUGUGUUAAUUUCUUAGUAUAGAGGAACAUAAUAAUGUACUCAUCUUGUUGUUGGACCUUUGUUUGGUUUGAAAAUGUAUAAGCUGAUGUAAUGCCA